GGUGAAGGCUCUUCCCAUUGGAAGUCUUCUACUAACAUUACUCAACCCAAGUUCUUCAAGAUUAUAUUAUCCCAACAUGAACGCAGCCGUCUAGUAACCACUUUCUUCCUUCUUCCAUUUUUCCCCUUCUUUUGCUGCUAUUUUGAAUCUAUGUCCUAUGUGUGUGUAGAUGUGUUGAACCAAAGAUUUUGGUGUGCAUGCAUCAGCUAUAAUUUUCUUUUUGUAUCAUUUGAUUCUUCUUAUUUCACCUGUAAUCACAUGUCUUGACUUCACGCAAAGCAAAUUAAGAUAGAGAUUUAGAUCCUUUGUUGGUUAACGGAAUCUGCAUGAGUUCUUUAGAAGAGAGUCUGAGAUUAGUCUUUCUCGUUAAUUCAAGUAUCACAAAUUCACGAUAAAAAGUAAUUCAAUUGGCGAAUUACAUCAGUCAUGGCAGCUAAGCCCCAAUUGCAACGUGAUGAAGGCUCCUCCCAUUGGAAAUCUUCUACUAACAUUACUCAACCAAAGUUCUUCAAGAUUAUAUUUUCCCAACAUGAAUCCAGCCGUCUAGUAUAUUGCAGGAUUUUCUCAAGAAAAACAGGUAUAUUUUACUGUGAUUCGAGAAGUAUGAAACUGAGUUUAGAUCUCCUUUGCACACAGAGGAUUCCGGAAGACUUUGCGAGCAGAUAUUGCAAGAACAUGCUAAACCCUGUGUAUCUUGAGGUUCCCAGUGGAGAAGUAUGGGAGGUUGAAGUUGUUCAUUCUCAAGGCCGAAUUUGUCUAGGCAUUGGAUGGCAAGAUUUCAGUGACUUCUAUUCAAUAAGCUGCGGCGACUUUCUGAUGUUUGGAUACAAUGCUCGUUCCCAUUUUAAUGUCACUAUAUUUGACUUGAGUGCAUCAGAAAUCGAAUAUCCAUACAGUUCUGUUCAUGGUAUACACACUCCCAUUUCCUAUUGCCAUGAAACACGCCAUGCACCAAAAAGAGACCAGUCCGGGUCAGAUGAUUCUGUAGAGAUCCUGGAGGGUAUUCCUAGAAGCCAGAAAGCAAAAGCAAAAAUUCCUGAUACGGUUGAGCAUUCUGUUGAAAACUUAGGCCAAUGUCCGUUAGGACAGUCCAGCAAAAGAAAAAGACAAAAAGGGGAUGCAGAGCAUGAUGCUUCAGUUGACAUGCAUGUCAAAAGAAUGAAGGUUGAGAAGUUGCAAGAGGAUGUAGCUUCACCUUCUUUCAUAAGAGAGGGCCAAAAUCAUGGGGAAGGCACUGAGAUUGAGCAUUCUCUUGAGAUAUUGGACCAUUGUCCAUCAGGACAUGGCAGCAAAAGAAAAGGACUAGAAGGGGACGCAGAGGAUGAUGUUUCAACUGACAUUCACACCAGAAGUAUCAAGGUGGAAAAGUCACGAGAGAAUGUGGCUUCGCCUUCUUUCACAAGAAAGACUAAAAAAAGCGGAGAAAGUUGCCGGAUGCACAAGCAACAAUCCAAGCUGGUCUCAGCUAAGAACAAGACAGUAUUGGAGAAAAAAAGGUCUAUAGCAUAUCAAAGAGCAAGAGCUUUUAAAUCUGAGAAUCCAUUUGUUAUAUAUUUUAUGCAACCAUCAUAUGUCUCGAAACCAUACAAUCUACACAUAUCGUUCUUAUUUGCAAGGAAAUAUUUCCCGGAGGAAUGUGGCAAUUUAGUGCUUCGUGUUCCUAGCAGAGGAUCUUGGACUGUCAAAUACGUCGUUGGAAGAUCAAAAGCAGAAAUUCGUUUCUGUUGGAAGGCCUUCGUGCUGGACAAUAAGUUAAAAUUUGGUGACGUUUGUGUAUUUGAAUUGAUUAAGGGAACUAAGCCCAUUUUAGAUGCCACUAUAUUUCCUGCAGCGGAGAGCAAAGCAAAGCAUAAGAUAGAUGGAAAAUUGCCAGACGUUUCUGAUUGUAAAAACAAGAUUAUCAAAACUGAGAAUUCAGAAGACGCUGGGAAGCAUGUGCAACAAUCUAAGUCUUCUUGUAAGGGCAGAGUGGUGGCCAAAGAAAUGGUUAUAGCGUAUCAAAGAGCCAAAGCCUUUAAAUCUGAAAAUCCAUUCUUCGUAUGUUUCAUGCAACCAUCAUAUGUGUCUUCUGCCUGCGGCCCGAUGCGAUUGUCCAUAACACUGUCAAGAGCUAGGAAAUUUUUUGCCACUAGACAUAGUGAUGUAGUACUUCAAGUUUCAAGCAAGAAAUCCUGGGCUGUGAAAUGCAUUCUUGGACCAGCUAACGCUAAGUUGACCUCCGGUUGGAAGGAUUUUGUGCUGGACAAUAACCUAAAAGUAGGUGAUGUUUGUGUGUUCGAAAGGGUUAGUAGAUCCAAACUUUUGUUCAAUGUCAUUAUAUAUACUUCUGCUGAAGGUAUUUAAGAUGGUUUCACUUCUUUAGUACUUUAAACUCCUAUGUAUAUUUUGGAAGGGAAGGAAACAAUGAACACUAUUCUCCCUAGGAACAACUUUAGGAUCUCUGAUUUUGUGAUCUUAACUUCUUUUAAAUAGUUUACCAGUAUGAGGUACGAUAUUAA